CGUAGCGUGAUGAGACAUGGAAGGGUAGUUUAUGCGUAGUACAUUUAAGUCGUGAGCUUCAGUCACUGUGGUGCCUUGUUUCAUUUCUGAGUUCCCUUGUGCCAUGAAGGACGCUCUGUAAGGUGUCUGCGCGUAGCACGCAGCUAAAAUUGUCAACCAUGCUGAGGGCAUCCCAGAGUUGGCGUAAUCUCAUCUACAGGAGCACCUAUGUCCAGUGUUCGUGGGACUCUACUAGUGCUGCAGCAAGUUCUGCUGCAGGCGCUGCUGCUCCUUCGGCGUCCCCGUCUCCAGCAGCUGCUCCAGCGUCGACCGGCGUGGAUUUCAAGUUUCCCUCAGAAUGGGUGAAACGUGCCACAAAGCAGCUGAAGGGAAAGCCCCCCGAGAGUCUCGCGUGGCAUACGGCGGAAGGCAUCACCGUGAAGCCGCUUUACACAAGCGAAGACAUCAAGGGAUUGCCCGAGGACUACCCUGGCAUGUUCCCCUUCACGAGAGGCCCUUACCCGACCAUGUACGCAGGUCGCCCAUGGACGAUUCGCCAGUACGCUGGUUUCAGUACUGUCGAAGAGAGCAACAAAUUCUACAAGGACAACAUAAAGGCCGGCGUGCAGGGUCUGUCGGUCGCCUUCGACUUGGCGACGCACUGUGGAUAUGACUCCGACAACCCGCGAGUCAAGGGAGAUGUCGGUAUGGCCGGUGUGGCAGUCGAUUCCGUUGAAGACAUGAAGGCGCUCUUUGACGGGAUACCCCUGGAGAAAAUAUCGGUGUCCAUGACAAUGAAUGGUGCCGUCAUUCCUGUGCUGUCGAUGUUCAUUGUAGCUGGAGAAGAACAAGGUGUCGAAGUUGGACAACUUUCUGGAACCAUACAAAACGACAUCCUUAAGGAGUUCAUGGUACGGAACACGUACAUUUAUCCCCCAGACCCGUCAAUGCGCAUCAUCGGCGACAUCUUCGCGUUUGUCUCGAAGAACAUGCCAAAAUACAAUUCCAUUUCCAUCUCGGGCUACCACAUACAAGAAGCAGGAGCGAACAACGUUCUGGAACUAGCAUUUACAAUUGCUGAUGGACUGGAAUACUGCAGGACGGGGUUGAAGGCUGGCAUGACCAUCGAUGACUUUGCACCCAGACUGUCAUUCUUUUGGGGCAUUGGCAUGAAGUUUUACAUGGAGAUUGCGAAAAUGAGAGCUGCACGCAGGUUGUGGGCUACACUUAUCAAGGAAAAGUUCAACCCAAAGAAUGAAAACUCACUGAAGCUGCGUACUCAUUCUCAAACUUCGGGCUGGUCUCUUACGGAGCAAGAUCCUUACAACAACAUUGUCCGCACCACAAUUGAAGCCAUGGCAUCUGUUUUUGGUGGGACGCAAUCCCUCCAUACUAACGCUUUCGACGAAGCACUUGCACUGCCAUCCAGAUUUAGUGCGAGGAUUGCUAGAAAUACUCAAAUCAUCCUGCAGGAAGAAAGUGGAAUACCACAUGUGAUAGACCCUUGGGGUGGUUCAUAUCUCAUGGAGGCGCUCACUUCUCAGGUGUACGAUGAAGCUCUUAAAAUAAUCACCGAGGUUGAAGAAAUGGGAGGCAUGGCAAAGGCUGUGGCAUCGGGCAUGCCAAAACUGCGCAUUGAGGAAUGUGCUGCCAGAAAGCAGGCCCUCAUCGACAGUAGUAAAGAAGUCAUUGUAGGUGUAAACAAAUAUCGUCUUGAGAAGGAGGACCCCAUUGAUGUCUUGAUGGUGGACAACACAAAAGUGAGAAAUUCGCAGAUUGCCAAGCUCGAGCAAAUCCGCAAGAACCGGGACAAUGCAAAAACACAAGCAGCACUAGAUGCCAUCACGGAGUCUGCAAAGACUGGAGAAGGCAACCUAUUAGCAUUGGCCAUUGAUGCAGCUAGACUAAGAGCUACAGUCGGUGAAAUCUCUUACGCAAUGGAAAAGGUGUUCGGUCGCCAUGUCGCAUCUGAUAGAAUGGUUUCUGGUGCCUACAAGUCGACAUUUGGAGAGGAUGAGGAAAUUUUGAAUGUGAUAGCCAAAGUCAAUGCUUUCCAGGAGCGCGAAGGACGACGGCCACGUAUUCUCGUUGCCAAGAUGGGACAAGAUGGCCACGACAGAGGUGCCAAAGUUAUCGCUACAGGAUUUGCUGACAUGGGCUUUGAUGUUGAUAUCGGGCCACUGUUUCAGACGCCUGAAGAAGUUGCACAGCAGGCAAUCGAUGCUGAUGUACACGUUGUCGGUGUGAGCAGCUUAGCUGCUGGCCACAAGACCCUUGUGCCAGAGCUUGCAAAAGCCCUGAAAAAAAUGAAUAGGCCAGACAUACACAUUGUUGUUGGAGGUGUCAUUCCACCACAGGAUUAUGAUUUCCUGUACAAGGCUGGUGCUGCUGCAAUCUUCGGCCCUGGUACACGCAUACCAGUGUGUGCCGAACAAGUGCUUGAACUCCUGUCGGGAAAGAAAAAUGAAGAGAAAGAAAAGCAGCAAGCGUGAUCACCAUAUUUGAAAAUAAAUUGCCUUGUGGUUAAAAU